AAGAAUAUAAAUUUGAGGAGUGCAUUGAAGUCAUUUCGAAGCGUUCUUGGCACAUUGACGUCUUAGUUGGCUUUGGUGCAGUUAUUUAGAGUCAUCUUGGUUUCAGAAUGGAUUUGAAAUUCCUGGCUGCUUUCCUUCUUUUAGCAGUGACAGUUUAUGCUAUUCCUUUCGAGAGCAAUGAUCCAUUUGAGACUGAGGCUCCUGUUGAAGCGAUAGAUGCUGACGAUAACAGUGAUGAAGGUCUAUCCGCUAUAAACGACCUUAUGCGCGACACUGAAAAGUCCGUGAAGAAAAAAAGACCCAGGGGCAUGCGAAGACCUUACUUCUCAAAAGGAAAAUACUGUGUUUGCAAGAAACUACGUAGGCCAAAAGGGGACGAGCCAGAAAUUACUGAGAAGGAUGUUGAUGACCAUAUCAAAGAGAUGGCUGAAAAGGUUGAUGACUCAAUGGCUGGUAUCAAAUUGAAGAGUAAGGGGAAUGCAUUGAGAAAAAUUGUUAGAUCAUUUUUCCACCGUGAAACUCUUAGCUGUUACUGCACAUAUAAGAGGCCUAUUGUCAGGUUGAUGAAUGCUCUUCGUUAUUUACACUACCUACACCGCAAACAGAUGGCUGUUUUUGGACAUUUAGGUUUCCUUAUCAAGCAAAUCAAGAGACUUAGACUGCCAAAAGGAAAGACGACAAAAGGAAAGAUUACAAAAGGAAAGUCGACAAAAGGAAAUACGACAAAAGGAAAGAAGGGACCUAGCAAGACAAAACAAGGCUGAAGGGACAUGGCAGAUAUCUCAAGUCAGGAUUCUAACAACAACACUAUCUGCUUCUGUAGCUGCUAAUUAUGAGUCUUGCAAUGCAAACGAGUAGAUGGCAUUUUUGUACCUUGCUGAGUUUAUGAAUUAUGAAGGUAUUACUGAAGAUAUUUUAAUGAUGAGGCUGAAGUAUCAGAAAUGAACUAAACAAU